AUGGAUGCGCCUUCGCCCAAAAGAAGGCGAACAUCGCCCCCCAAUGACGACAACAGCGAGGCAACUGACGCGCCGCGGCCCUCGUCGCAACAGUCAAGGACCAAUCGCCCGUCCUAUGCAUCGCCUACCAAGACCAGCAUGGCGCGCUUCAACCCGAGUAUUCUUGAAAGAAGGAUGUCGGCGUCCCCGUCCAAAUCUCCUAGCCCGGUACGCCGGACCUUGCCUAUGCGAUCGCCUGCGAAGCCAGCCCCACGACCGUUACCCCGGCCGGCGGACGAGGACGAGGAAGAGUUCGAUCCUUUCGCCAGGCGCGGCCUGCGGCGCUCGGGAGACGCGGCAGCGGUACAGCCAGCUCCAGAACCGGACCUCCCACCGUCUGUCGACGAUCCUGUCACGUCGACGCCUCCGAGGGGCAUACACAGCAGCAGUAGUCCAUCGCGGCGGCGCACAUUCAAAUCCAAGACCAAGCCGAGCUCGCCCCUUAAGAACCCUCCAGUACGCCCAGAUACUGACAUGGAGAAUGCCAUGGCUUCGCCGUCCAAGAGGAAACUCUUCGGAACAGCUACUCAGCCGAGUCGACUGAGACAGACCACUGUGCUAUCUGAAGAGUCUGACAACGCCCGAAACUUACCUGCAUUUGACGAAAACACGCACAAGCGGAGAGAGCUUGAGGCGCUGAAAGCGGAAUUGGCAAGUCUGAAAAAGGAUCUGCAGGUGACGGGACGACAAAAUGAGAGGAUAAGGGCACUGCAGAAAGCUGGCCGGAUAGUGUCGCUUUCGGAAGAGGACGAUAUCCAGCGAAUUCUCAGGCGGCAUUAUGCGCCUGGCGGUGCGGACUCGCGCCCGGCGCAGUCGCAUCUUUUGGCGAAAGCAGCGUUGAACCCAAUGGCCCUUAUACCGUUCGCCAAGCCGGCCGUGUCUGUGCUACCAUCGAAUGAAGCCGAGAAAGACAAAGCCCGCAUCAAGUCGCAUCGACCUGUGCCUAUGACAGCCGAAGAGGAGUUGCCCUUUUUGCGACUGUUCAGCCCAUUCGAAGUUUUGGGUGCGAUGUCUAUGGCACCCACUGCCGCGGAUCAACCCUUGCAGCAGUUUUAUACGGUGCAUUUACGCUCACGGCGUGCACCGGGACUCUUUGCCGCCAAGAUAGAGCUGACCAUUGAUGUACAUCAACUUCGCAUCACGUCACUGGAUGUUCCAACACUCGAGCCAAGCGCAAAGAACGAGCUCGGCCCCUUUUUGGAGAAAAUAUGCACUGGGCAAUGCAACCGAAGUAUGCAGAGGAACAUUGGGAUCGCGUCUUGGGCAAUGGGUGAAUGGGUGCGUGUAGCGGAGCAGAGAGCACAGUUCUGGUGUCAAAUGCAGGCUGAGCUCGGCUCGGCCGAAGCCAUCCUCGAGAUGAACCAGAAAUUGCGCGCUCCCAAGCCACGGAAAAGGAGGGCUGAAGAGCAAAAUGGAGAGGAUGACAACAAGAUGACACCAAGCCAUACGGACCUCUUGCUCUAUAUGGGGAAACAAGCAUUCGACAUCCAGAUUCCAUCGCCGGGUGGAUCAUCACCAUCAGCAGCAUCGGUGCGAUUUCAAUGGAAGAUCGACUUUGAAUGGUCGGGCGAGGCGCACAGCAAAGUCGCCGUUUUACUCGGGGCGCCCGGGAAAUGGCGCCAAGCAGAUACCAAAGGCGUGUUGGGCAAAUUGCCGAAAUUGUUCGAGGAUCUCAUCGAGGGAGGUGAGCAGCCGCGGGUUGCAGUGCGCAAGGUGGUAUCACUGCUCGUCGGCGAAUCGUGA